AUGGAGAUAAAUAUGAGAUUGUAUAUACUCUUAAGCCAUUUAACUAUGGCUUCUAUUCUUAUUUAUGCAUUUUUGAAAUAUGACGAAUUUUAUUCUAUGGUUAUUUAUUUAUCGACAGAGAAUUUUCCCAAAGCGAUAAUUUACAAUUUCUCCCUGAUGGCAUUCAUAUUAUUUUGCAAACUAUUUCUAAACUUCUUUAUUGGAGAAUUAAGAUAUUUAGAAGUUGAGCAGUUAAUGGACAAUGCACGUAUAUUUAUUAUGGAUACAAUUUUGUUUCUAGUUUUAUCAAAGCCUACAAUAAAUGGAAAAGAAGUAUCUUCAAUUAUUUUAAUUAAAUAUUUAUCUAUUAUAGUAAUUUUAAAAGUUUACCAUUUGAUUUUGUAUUCUCGAAUUUCGCAUAUAUUUGAGUUAGGAAUUCCAAGGGUUCGAGUGCUUGUCAAGUUGUUCAUUUUCAUGAUUCUUUUAUCAGUUGCAAAUUUAUGUAUGUUCAGAUAUUUUUAUAAGAAUUCUUUUAAAAAUUCAACAAUGUAUUUAUGGUUAUUUUUUGAAAGCCUAAGUAUAUUUGAAUCAUGCCAAAUAUCAAUUGCCAAAUUUUUUAUAAAUAUAAUAGAUAUAAGAUCGCCAAAUGGAUUACCAAAUAAAUCAACAAUAUUAUUUUUUUUAGAUAUAGUACAUGAUAUAAUGAGCUUAAUUAUUUUCUUAGUAUUUAUUUUUGUUUUUAUUUUAAAUAAUUUUAGUAAUUUACCAUUGCACAUGACUGCCGAUAUUAUACACGUUGUUAAAACCCUUAUAACAAAAUUCAAGUCUUUUAAAAGAUAUAGAGAAUUAACAAAAAAUAUUGAAACAAAAUUUAUUAAUGCAACUGAGGAAGAAUUAAAAGAAGCGGGGACUUGUAUAAUAUGCCGAGAUGAAUUAAAGGUUGGGUCAAAAAAACUUGAAUGUGCUCAUAUAUUUCAUAUUGAAUGUUUAAAAUCGUGGUUUAUUCAGCAACAAACAUGUCCAAUAUGCAGAAGAGAAAUAAAACCAUACCCUAAUAAAAAAGAGGAUCAAAAAAAACCUGAAAAAAAUGAAGAACUAAAACAGCCAACCCCCCUUACUCCCCAAGAAAUUAUUAUGAAAGAAAAUUUUUUACCGAAUCAUCAUUUUAAAUACUUGAACAAUAUAGAAAACCAAGAAUCCAAUAAUACAGAAGGCAAGCUUGUGGAUGCCUUUAUUCAAAAUUCGAAUAUGAAGAAAAAAAUUCAAAUUUUGACUGACAUGUGUAACUAUUACAGAGAACUAUCCUUAUCAUGUUUGAAAGAAAUCGACAAAAUUAAUCAUUACAAAAUGCCCGCAAGUGUAAUGCUUAGGAGCAUAUAUGGAUCCCGUGAUUACUCAACAUUUAAUAAUACAGAAGAUGAUGUUCAAAAAUAUUUAAAAAAACUUCAUUAUGUUCCAGAAAUAAAUGAUUUAAAAAAUUAUUUGGAGAAAGUAUUAGUUACAGACAUGAAAUAUACAAAAGAUAUUUGUGCAUCAAUGUAA